AUGGACAUGAUCAAAUGUAACACUGAUGGUUCUUGGAACAAAGAGACAGGAAACAGUGGCGUAGGAUGGAUAAGCAGGGAUCAAAGAGGGCAACUGUUGUGGGCGGAAGCUAGAAAGGUUCAGAAUAUGGGAUCACCAAUAGAAGUUGAAGCUGAAGCUUUAAAAUGGGCUAUUGAUACUAUGUAUGCAUUCCAAUAUAAACAGGUGUGCUUCGAAUCUGAUUCGCAAGUACUGAUCCAAAUGUUAAGAGGAGAAGAACCUGUAUGGCUUACCAUUCAGCCAAUCAUUCAGGACAUACAAAAAAGACUUCAGCAAAGUUCAGGAUAUGAGGUGAUGUAUCAACAGAGAGGUGGAAACAUGGCAGCAGAUAGAAUAGCUAAGGAGACUUCUUCUUUUGAGAACAAUGUCCCUAGGUUGUAUUCUAUAGUGCCUUCUUGGUUAAACUCUUUUGUGGAGGUUGACAAACCUUUUGUAAGGUGA